AUGAGCUGGCUCAUGAUCUGGAUCCUUAUUGUUUCUUUAUUACAUCAGUACCUGUCCCAGAAUUCCUCCACUGUUUCUUCCAUACCUGAGCACACUACUCCUGAGCCCUACAAUCGUACACAGUAUUGUAAGUGGCCCUGCACAUGCCCUGAAGCUCUACCAAGGUGCCCGUCUGGCAUCAGCCUAAUCAUGGAUGGCUGUGAUUGCUGCAGGACCUGCGCCAAGCAGUUGGGUGAGGACUGCAAUGAGGCAGACAGCUGCGAUCACCACCGUGGCCUUUACUGUGACUACAGCUUAGACAAGCCUAGGUACGAAAAAGGAGUGUGUGCAUAUCUACAUGGCACAGGCUGUGAACACAAUGGUGUGAUCUACCGCAAUGGCCAGAGUUUUCAACCUAAUUGUAAAUAUCACUGUCUGUGUUUAAACGGUGCCAUUGGCUGUAUGUCACUGUGUAACGAGUCUCAGCCGCCCAGGGUGUGGUGCCAGAUGCCGCGACGAGUAAAAAUCCCCGGUCAAUGCUGUGACCAGUGGAUCUGUGAGGAAUCCAGGAGAGAGCGCAAGGCAGCACCGCGGCACGCCAUGGCUGCUCUCUCCAGUGGAAAUGAUUGGCAGCAGUACUGUGUGCCACAGACCACAUCCUGGAGCCCAUGCUCUAAGACCUGUGGCCGAGGAGUGUCCUUACGCCUUACUAACGCAAACAGACAGUGUCAGUUGGUCAAGGAGAGAAGACUCUGCAACAUUCGACCCUGUGAUGUUGACAUCACCAAGCACAUUAAGCCUGGAAAAAGGUGCCUUAACAUCUACAGAGAGGAACACUCAAUGAAUUUUACCAUCUCAGGCUGCACAAGUAAGAAGCUUUACCGUCCUAAAUACUGUGGUGUGUGCACAGAUGAACGCUGCUGCAUUCCCUACAAGUCCAAAACGGUGCAAGUGGAGUUCCAGUGUCCUAAUGGAGCCGUGCUUACUUGGCAGGUUUUGUGGAUUAAUGCCUGCUUCUGCAAUAUCAGCUGCAAAAACCCCAAUGAUAUUUUUGAACAUCUUGAACAGUAUUAUGAGGACCAGGAGAUCAAAUGCUGA